CGUUAGCCAGGCAGGGCCCAGCCAGCACGAGCUGAAGUACAGCUUUUUUGUUUUAUUCCACGUUCACUUUAGUCCCAUUUACUAUUUACUUGUUAUGAAAGACGAAUGAGAGAAGCAUCGCUAUGCAUGGUCGCAGCUAGCUCGUAUACUAGCUUUUUAAAUAACAGUGAUAUGUUGCUGAGAAUACGUUGCCAUUGCAUUGUGGAGAUCGUAACAUAUUAUUAGCAAUGUGUUCUGAUACCUUGGAGUAAAUACCAUGGUAUGUGAAGAUUAUUCUGUACCAUGGUAUUUGUAAAAAAUACCGUUGUACUUUCAUGACUGUACCAUGUUGACUUCUGGGGGAGGGAAAUUACAUUUUUGGGAAUCAAAUGGUGCAUAAUGGACAGAAAUGGUGCCAUGGUUUUGGACACGUACCAUAUAAAUGAUAUCGUUUUUUAAAGUACUUUAAAUAGUCUGUUACUGUUGGUUGUAAUGGUGCUGAUCAUUUGCCUCUUUGUUUUGGCAUUUAAGCAAACUCGGCAGGAAACAAAAACACACUAAAAACAAACAAACUAGUAUAAAUGGGAGCAAUGUUAUAAACUGCUACAAAUGAUCCUAUUCAUGUCUCUCUUCUUUAUGAAUUUACUUUUGUUUGAUGUAGUUUAUGUAAAUAAGCACGGUGGUUUGUCUUUGUGAUUCAGUGUACAUUGAAUUAGAAAAAAAAGUUUUGCUGUAAACAGAGAAGUAAAGUAGCAGUCUGCUGUUCACACUGCCAGUAUUAGAACAGCUUAUUUUACAAAAUUAUCUCUAUUACAUCGUUUUAUUUUAUAUACAAAUUGUUGUAAUCGUUUCAUCUUGAUUUUUUUGUUUUUUUUUACAAAUCACGGUAAAACAUUUGAGCUGUUUGAGACUAAAACAAAAGUCUUGUUAAUAGACUUCAAGAAGAUCCUCCGACUGGUGUAAGUGGAGCUCCUUCAGAAAACAACAUCAUGCUGUGGAAUGCCGUGAUUUUUGGGCCUGUAGGAACUCCCUUUGAAGAUGGAACUUUUAAGCUUGUUAUUGAAUUUUCAGAAGAAUAUCCUAACAAGCCUCCUACAGUUCGCUUUAUCUCCAAAAUGUUUCACCCAAAUGUGUAUGCAGAUGGCAGUAUAUGUUUAGACAUACUUCAGAAUCGAUGGAGUCCCACAUAUGAUGUUUCUUCUAUUCUAACAUCCAUCCAGUCUCUGUUGGAUGAACCGAACCCGAACAGUCCAGCCAACAGUCAGGCCGCACAGCUCUAUCAGGAGAACAAACGUGAAUAUGAGAAGAGAGUGUCUGCCAUUGUGGAGCAGAGCUGGGUCGACUCGUAACGCUGCUGACCUCAUCAGGAACAUCUCUGACAACAAGUGCCGCCUGUGCAACGGACUGCACUCGGUUCAUACGGACAUGCAUUUCUGUGCAAACACAUUUGAAGAAAACCAACUAUAUUUGUGUGCUUAUUUAUUUUUCUUUCUAACUGCAUGAUAAAUUAUUGCUAACAGCAUUUAAGACAUGCUAUUGUUGGAUUGAUGCAGUUGAUGUUUUAAAGGAAUGCAGAUUGUUGGCAAAAAUGUCUCACGCAAUCCCUGAAUAUUUCCAACUUCAAGUCCUUUAGUAAACCAUUACUACAUUUGAGAUGGAAAUCUCUUCAAGAUUAUGUACAUUUGUAAUCUACAUAAUCUUUCCAAAAUAAAUUUGGCUAUAGGAAUCAUCUUUUUGUAUCUGUAUUUGAUACAUCUUUGCAUUCACGUGUUUGUGCUUCAAAUCAAACAAAGAGGGCGUGUAUACUAUAAACUAUGUCCUAUACACAGUAGGAUGAAAGUGUGUUAUAUUGUUAAUGGGGAUGUUUUGAAAGUUAGUUUCUGUGAAUUUAUCAUAUAUGAACAUUUAUACUUCUAAUAUGCUGUAUUAAAAAAUAAAAACAUUUUCAGACUUGG